AGGGGGUGGGGAAGAGGCAAACGUACGCAUCAAUUCGUACAGUCUUCAGCGGCACCCCGUUUUUUUCCUGCAACGAUUUGGGAAGGAGAGAGAAAUUUCUGCAUUAUUUGCGGAACCGUUGCAAUAUGAUCCAGCAGCCUCUGUUUAUAGGUGCGCGUGCUGCCCCUAUGUGUGUAUGUCAACGUACAGUAUAAACCGAGAGACGGUUAAAGGAAGGGAGAGUGAAAGGGGACACGCAUCGCUGGAUAUCAUAGGUUGUAGAAGCUCAGAUGGUGGUGAGGUGAUUUUCAGUCCUACAGAGACAGACAAGGACACCACUUCAUUCACUGCUAAGGCCUGUGGGGAGGGAUGGACAUCAUAAAGGAGUAACGAUGAAAACUCGAACUCACAAAGAAUCGAUGCCAAUGCGCAGUGGGCGGAGGCGGGGGGGAAGCAACGAGGAGAGGAGGGGUAGACGCCCGCAUCCCAGCCCUUCUCGUGCAGAACGAACCGACAGGCAGGCGCAAAGAGCUGCUGGCGAGGAAUUGGCUGUCAGUCGCUUCAAUCACAGAUCGCAAGGCCAUGAUUCGUCAGAGAGUGAAGGGGAGGAACUUGUGCCUCCACCAAAGAGGCAGAAAGUCCAGGAUUCUUCCUCUGUCACCAACCCACCGACUUCAACUCAUUCAACUGACAGUACUCCCCCCACUAUACCGCCCCCACCCUCGGCUCCCAGACAGUCACGUGACAGUGACAACGAGGAUGGUCAAUCCCAGGGCAGCAGGAGCUCAGUUGUAGGGAGCUUGGCCAAUAGUCUGAGCAGUGGGCGGGACAUCGACCAGGACACCGAUCUUCCUCCCGAGUCUUUCUGCCUCGCCUCCAGCCAGUUUAGACUCUGA